AUGGAUGGUGCAAGAGGCUACGUUGUGGGCUCCAAGACAGAUGAAGGAACCUUCUUCCUACCCAAUAAGAUGGCUACUGCAUGUGCCAUCAUCUACCUACAAGUUCUAAGCGAGGUAAAGAGACUUGUAGACCAUUACAAGGACGAGGAAGUGAGCAUUACUGUGGUCGGCUACAGCUUGGGCGCUGCAAUGGCAACUCUAAAUGCCGUCGACAUUGUCCAUAAUGGAAUUAACCUCAAGCCCUCGAGUAAUAUUUCUGAGCCCAUCAACGCCUGUCUCGUCACAGCCUUUGGGUUUGGUGUGCCCCGAGUUGGGGACAAAGGAUUUCUCCAAGUAUUCUCCGAUCUUGAAAAUCUUCAUGUGUUACGUAUCAAUAAUAGGCCAGGCGAUAUCGUCCCAAACCACCCGUCGGAGUGGUUGUCAUACGUAGAUGUGGGAGAGGAGUUGAUAAUUAAUACUAGAAAAUCGCCCUACUUAAAAGUUCUUCCUGUUGAAAGUAAUGAAGCCAAGUCCAAAGCGCAUAAUUUGGAAGUUUAUCUGCAUGGAGUUGCAGGAACACAUGGGGAAGAUGGGGAUUUUAAAUUGGAAGUAAAUCGUGAAAUUGCACUUGUAAACAAGGUGUCGGAUGCUCUAGAUGAUAAGCUUCUUGUGCUUGAUAAUUGGUGGAUUACAAAGAACAAGUCUAUGGUUCAGAACGACGACGGCUCUUGGGUGUUGAUGGAUCGUGAGAGUGAUGACAAUCUUAUAUAA